AUUUGAAGGGACUAGAUGAAUUCUUUAAAUUUGUGAAAGUGUUGUUCAUUUAAAUAGGUGAAUGGAUGAAUAGGCCUCAAGAGAUUCCCAUGGACCAUUGCAAUUGUCCUCCAGGACUAGAAUACCUUACUAAGAUUGAUCAACUACUGGUUCAGCAAAAAGUUGAAGGCCUGGAAGUUCUGACUGGAUUUGAGACUAAAAACAAAUUCACAAUAAAAAACAGCCUAGGCCAGAAAGUAUAUUACGCGAAAGAGGACUCCGACUGCUUGACCAGAAACUGCUGCGGGCCACUGAGACCGUUUGACAUGAAAAUUUUGGAUAAUUACAAAAACGAAGUCAUUCAUUUGUAUCGGCCGCUGGCUUGCGGGGCGUGCUGCUUCCCAUGUUGCUUGCAGAGCAUGGAAGUGUCCUCUCCCCCGGGAAACAUUGUGGGUAGAGUGGACCAAGAAUGGAGCAUCUUCCUGCCUAAAUACGCCGUCAAAAAUGCCAGCGGCGAAACGGUUUUGAGAAUCGAGGGUCCGUGGUUUAAGAUGAGCUGCUGCGGCGACGUCGAGUUCAAAAUAACGUCGGCAGAUGGCAGCGUUCAGUUGGGCAAAAUCUCCAAGCAGUGGUCUGGAGUGUUCAAGGAAAUGUUCACUGACGCCGACAACUUUGGCAUCACCUUCCCUAUGGACUUGGAUGUUAGGAUGAAAGCUGUUUUGCUGGGAGCUUGCUUCUUAAUUGUAACUAUUAUUUAUACAGUGUUAAGUUGGCAACAUAUGGGGAACUUUCUUAUUAUUAAUUUUACGAAGAAAAGUUAUUCUUUAUAA